AUGUUGCCGGCAAGGAAUCAAAACUUUAGUGCAACUCAGGUUUGUGCCAAUCCCAAUGGCUGUAUUUUGAAUGUGAAGCGCCAGGAUCUGUUCAAAUUUAUACGCUGGCUUAUGUGGUUUACCGCCUUUUGUUCAAUACCGCUCGAAAAUUGUCUACCAAGACGAUUGAAGGACUAUAGCGCGCACCUUAAUGUGGCAUUGGAAAUAUUUCUGCUUUUGGCGGUAUUUCACAUCUUUGUGCUCUACAUCUUCACCUUUUACUUCAAUUAUGAAAAUGGCGAUUUGGAGUUCUUAGUUAGUUGUUCCAUUGAAAUGUUGCUCUACUCCUGGGCGCUUUCGGUAAAGAUAUACUUUCGACGCAUACGACCCGAUCUGGUCUGUGGAAUUAUGGAAUAUGUGAAUAGGGAGCAUAUAACACACUCGGCAGUGGGCUUCAGUUAUGUAACAAUGAAAGAUUGUUUGGAGAAGUUGAAUGCAGGAACAAAAACCUUCGUUUGCUGUUGCUUUUCGGGUGUAACAUUUCGGCUCUUAUUGCCGAUUUUCUAUGAGGAACGUUCGCUGCCACUGCCCUGCUGGUAUCCUAUCGAUUAUAAGACGACUUUCAUCUACCCAAUGGCUUACUUUCUGCAAAUCGUAGCCCAACUACAAUUGGCUGCCACAUUUGCUCUCAGUAGCGUCUACUUCAUGGUGCUUUGCUUUCUGCUCUCGGCACAAUUUGACAUUCUCAAUUGUAGUUUAAAGAACAUAAUGGCCACAGCCUACAUUUAUAUGGGUGCCAGCAGAGAUGAGUUGAUCCAAUUGCGGGAGCAACAGUAUAUCGCAGACGCGGAGAUCAAUCAGUAUUUUGUUGUCAAAGAAGUGGCUGUGGAUCUAGAUUGCCUACAACAUUUAUUGAAUCCACAAAUACCGAGGUCGGCGAAUUUUCGUGAGGGCUUUCAACGCGCAUUAAAGCAAUGCGCUGAGCAUCACCGCUUCAUAUUAUGCGCCCUACAAAAAAUUGAGAGUUUGUAUUCGAUGCUGUGGUUCUUCAAGACACUCGAAGUUACUUUCGCCAUUUGCACAAUAGCCUUCGAUGUUGUCAAGUCCUCAAAUGGCAAAUCCAUCUUACAAGUGCUUUCGCUGGCCCAGUAUAUGGUUUUGGUGCUUUGGGAAAUGCUUAUGAUUUGCUACGGUGGCGAGAUAAUCUAUGUGAAUAGUCAACGUUGUGACGAGGCUCUGUUGCGCAGUCCCUGGUAUUUGCAUUCUCGCGAAGUACGUGCAGAUAUUUUAUUCUUUUUGAUGCAUGCGCAGCGCGCUUUCAAAUUAACUGGUGGUAAAUUUUAUCCUCUGCAGUUGCAAAAGUUUCGUGAGAUCGUUACGACAUCAUUUUCGUUCUUCACAUUGCUGCAAAAUAUGGAUAUGCGCAACUGA